AUGGAGCCGCCAGCGCCACUCGGGAUUCUUUCCCGUCUCUAUAUUUACGCAAUUCACGGAUAUGUGUGUGAGAUCUUUUUCACAGCGACCCUUGACUUCAUUGGCAGCGGUGAUUGGCGAUUUCGGGGCAUAACCAGCAUCUGGGCGCUGUUUAUCUAUGGUGCAGCCAUGCUGGGAGUUGAGCGCAUGUACUUAUCGCUUCGCUCCCGCUGGGGAUUUAUUCCGCGUGCGCUCCUGUACACUUUGUGGGUUUAUAUGUGUGAAUUCAGCUCUGGGUGGCUUCUGCAAUGUGUGGGUGCCUGUCCGUGGGACUACAGUCACUACCCGUAUAACUACGCCGGCCUGGUGACCCUAGAGUACGCCCCAUUCUGGUUCAUUGGCUGUAUCAUUCUGGAGAAAGUGUUAAUUUGGCACACAUUGCGCCUACGGCUCGAUCAGACGUGGGAAACGCAGAAAAAAAACCUGAAAAAGGACAACUGA